AUGAACGCGCAAAGGAUCCUUUCGAGGAGGACGCUCAACGCCGUCGCUCAUGCUCAGCGCUGCCAAUUCAGCACGACGCCUUCACCCGCCGUCACCGCUUUCCAGUCCUACACUCUCCCCUCACAUCCGCCAUCGCCGCCGCGCUCCGGGAAUGACUCCAUGGCUUUCCCCGUCCAGCCGCCUAUGCCGCGGGUACACGAGACCAGACCUCACAAGAUUGCGUCGCCACAACAACUAAACAACGCCAACUUUGCGCAAACGUCAUCACCAUCAACUACAUCAUCAAUCUCAUCUCCCACUCAACCUACCCCUGCCGUCCCCAACAAGCAACAAGAACCCACCAAAGCCGCCACCGCGCAAGCAUCCGCGCCCACACAACCAACACCCUCCAAGCCCGCGCCCCGCGCCUCCCGCCUGCGCGCCCCUCGCAAGGCCGCCAUGAAGCUCACGCCCGCGGCCGUUGAGCACCUGCGCGCCAUGCUGGACCAGCCGGACCCGAAGCUGAUUAAGGUCGGCGUGCGCAACAGGGGGUGCAGCGGUUUGGCGUACCACCUGGAGUACGUGGACAAGGCGGGCGCCUUUGACGAGACGGUGGAACAGGACGGCGUCAAGGUGCUGAUUGACAGCAAGGCGCUGUUUAGCAUUAUUGGCAGCGAGAUGGACUGGGUGGAGGAUAAGCUCAGUCAGAGGUUUGUUUUUAGGAAUCCUAAUAUCAAGGAGCAAUGUGGUUGUGGAGAGUCGUUCAUGGUAUAG